AUGAACCGGAAAAGCUACGUCGCCGGCUUGCCUGCAAUUGACAGUGACGGCGAAAGGGAAGAGAAGUCGUGGCAAAAGAUGAUACAGGGAAUCAGGAGAAAAGGGUCAGAUUGUAACGAACCGUUGAAGCCUGUGCCCAGUAUAGUGAUAUUGUUGCUGUUAGGCGCUUAUCUUACACUCGGCUACUUGACGCAACUGGUCGAGGAUGACAUGCCGAAGGUCAUCUAUGAGGAGGACAUACAAAAGGACGAUGCUGAAACCUUCAGCGAAGAAUCAGCAAGGCAUUACCUUGAUCAGAUACUCGGAACUGAACCCAGGGUAGCAGGAACAGCAUAUCAUUAUGAAAAGACCAAGGACUUGAAGGCGUUAAUUGACUCUAUAGCUGCGCAAGCUAACUUGCCGGUCAGGACAGACUGGCAAUUUGUAUCAGAGAUAUAUGACGUCCAGAAUGAUAAUUAUAUGAACACUUCCAGAAAAAACCGACUUUGGAGUCAAAUAGCCCAAGAAAUGAGAAUAAAUGGUGACUAUUGGUUGGCGUCCAGAACACCGCAAGUGAACUGCUACCAGAACUUAUCCAACAUAAUCGCAGUUUUGGAGGGAGAAAGUGGUUUCCACGCAAACGGCACCAUUGGGACGUCCCUGCUUGUCAAUUGUCAUUAUGACUCCGUACCUUUUGCUAUUGGUGCUUCAGACAAUGGCGUGUUCUGUGCUGUAAUGGUGGAAACUCUGAGCAAACUGUCGAGGAGGGAGCGCAAGCUGACGCAUAACAUCGUAUUCCUGUUCAACGGAGCCGAGGAGAACCCUUUGCAGGGAAGCCACGGAUUCCUGCAACACCCAUGGUCCCAAGGGAUCACCAGUGUGGUGAACUUGGACGCAGCCGGGAUGAAUGGGAAGCCGAGUGUUUUCCAGGUGUCAGACCCUCGCAUCAUAUCGGCUUAUCUACGCUCUGUAAACAGACCGAACGCUCAGGCCUUCGGAGAGUUCCUGUUUAAAUCUGGCAUCAUACCCUCCGACACGGACUUCAGAAUCUGGAGGGAUUUCGGUGAUAUUCACGGCGUGGACAUAGCGUUCGCGAAGUGGGGCAGCGUGUACCACACGCGCAACGACCAGCCGCAGCUGCUCCAGCCUGGCGUCGUGCAGAACGCGGGGAACAUGCUCCUCGGACUCGUGGCCAACGUCGCUGACUACGAGAACCUCGGGAUAAAGGAGCCUGCAACAUCACUAGUGUACUACGACUAUUUGAACCUAUUUCUGCUAACCUACUCGCCUACCGUAUCGCAAAUUGUCGAUGUACUGGUUGCAUUGUUCAGUUUUCUCACCGUCGCCUGCUUUUUGUUGAUCAUUGGAUUUAGACGUUCAUCACUAAUCGAUUUGCUUGUCACCGCUCUGGGUCGCAUCCUUGCAUUGUUGGUGGGAAUUCUGACGGUAGUCCUUCUGGUGCUUUUGAUGGCAGCCACCACCACGCAAUUGAGGUACCUUUCGAAACCCUGGUUGGCCGUUCCACUAUACUGGAUCCCAUUCCUCAUAGCUACGCUCGUCACAUCACUCAUUUAUGAUUCUCGUAAUUUUAUGAAGAGCGGACUGAACCGUUCGCUGCGUACGCUUCAAGCGAUGGCAGCAACUCGGCUUCUACUCGGAGCAACGUUGCUUGUUCUCGCGUUCUGGUCAAGUUUAGGUAGCUUGCGUUAUGUCAUCAGCGUUACACUCUUUAUAAUGUCCGCUGUGUCACUGAUAUCUAUGAAUAUUGUAAGAUAUUUCCGGUUGAAAGCAUGGCAACACUUACUACUGGAGUUCGUUCUGUCGCUGCCGUCGACUAUGUUCCUGAUGUCCAUGUCGCUGAGGCUGGGUGCCAUCAUGUUGCCCACUGCUGGGCGGAUUCCAAACAACAAUCCGGACUACCUUGUGGGUGGGAUCAGCUUAGCUCUCGCUAUUGUUGUUUCUAGUACUGUGUCGGGCAUCGAACUACUGUUCUCUAGAAAACGACUCUGGCUACCCAUUGGCUUAAUAUCCAUCGUGUGCGUCGUUCUGAUGUUUGUGCCGAUGAGUCCGUACGAUGAUGAUGGAAUUGCGACACAGAGGCACUACUGGUUUCAUUCUAAAAUAAUUACUUACGACGCGAACAAAACGGAAGUGGAGCGAACAAGCGGAGUUCUUGUGACCAGACACGACGCCUAUACUCUGAACACUGUGCUCCCGGCCCUAGAGGAGAGGGGGAUACAGCUUGAGAGCAAAACUGACUUCGCGGAAGACUGCGACAGAUACGUACACUGCAAUCUGCCCCUCUACAGAUCAAGUUUCGCACAGUAUUUGCAUGACGUUUUGUUCCUCUACACGGAUCCACCUUCUCCAUUCGACCCUGAACCGACUCUCAACGUGACACGGUCGUGCGUUGAUAGCGUUUGCACUUUGGAUUGCGUUAUGAUCGGUCCAGCCCACAACACCUUGACCUUCGUACCGCGGCCCGGCGUGAACCUGACCAGCUGGUCCUUCUCAUCUCCCGUGCAGCCGACGUCUCAGUUCGCCAACAGAUCUGUUUACCUCGUCAUUCAUUCCACCGCUACCUAUUCCGAGAAGCUAGCACCAUUGGAGUUCACUCUUACGUUUAGUGUAAACCCCACCCUACAAACUCAGCCGAUAGUGGACAUUUCUCACCACGCACAUAAAAUAGCCCACCCGGAAGAUUUCACCGAAGAAUACAAGAAGCUACUGGAUGCUGUGCCGAGAUAUUUCAAUAUCGCUUCCAGUUUGAGUGUGAGAAGCAAUUAUAUAUUCUGA